AUGCCGACUGAUACAAAUGAAAAUUCGAUUUCAUUAACAUCGAUGAAUACAGUAAACGAUAAUAAUGAUAAUGGAUCAUCGUCAUCAUCAUCAUCAUCAUUAAUAACAACAACAAAUCAUAUACAAUCACCUCCCUUAUCUUCUUCUCUUCAGACCCAAACAUCAACAACUACUCGAGCAAUUUCUCCGAUACAAGUACCAUCGAAGCAAUUAGAUAAAUUACGAUGUUUUCUUAGUACAUUAUAUUAUUUUGGUUCGGAUAUAUCGAAUGAAAUAGGUGAACGUGUUCGUGCAUUGAUAUUAGCUCUUGUUAAUAAUGCUUUAUCUGUUGAAGAAUUUCAUGGAAAACUACAAGCAGCAACAAAUUUUCCAUUAAGACCAUUUGCAUUACCAUUUUUAAAAUCAACAUUACCUCUUUUACAAAAAGAACUUUUACAAUUAGCUCGUCAAUCGAAACAAUCAACAAGUCAAUUUAUUGCUCAACAUGAAGAAUUAAUAUUUGUAUCACGUGAUGUACUUGAAAAUGAUCUAAGUCCAUCGAAAGAACAAUUAAAUGAAAAUGGAAAAAGAAAAUUAUCUAACGAUUCAAAUGAACAUGAUGAACGUUCAUAUGCAACAAAACGUUCAUCAAUUAAUCAUCGUACACAUUUAAAUUCGAUAGGAACAUCAACACGUUCUGAUAAAGAACGUGCAUUUAGUUCUUAUCUACGCGAAUAUACAAGUGAUUUAAAAGAUGUAGAAGAUGAGUGGAAGCAUGCAGAAAAUAUGCUUAAUUAUAUACUUGAAAUGGUAACAAAAAGUAAAAGAGUUUUAUUUAUGUUACAACAAAAAGAUAUUCAUCUUCGUCGUCUUAUUGAAACAAAUGAUCUUGAAUGGAGACGAAGACAUGUAGAAUUAUUAUCACAAACGGAUGAUCGUAUUGCUGAAGUUCGUCGAAAAGCAGAAGAAACUGUAUUAGAAAUAAAACGUCAAUCAAUCAUUGAUUUACAAAAAGCGAUUUCACAAACUGAACAAAAAUCGAAUGAAAUUUUACUUCGUGAACGUGAACAAUAUCAACGAUUGAAAGCACAUAAAUUUGAAGAAGCAUAUGCAUUACUUAAUCGACAAGAAGAUGGACCAGAACAUUGUUGGAAUUGUGGUCGUAAAGCAAUUGAAACAUGUUCUGGCUGUAAUAUGGCACGUUAUUGUGGACAAUAUUGUCAACAUCGUGAUUGGGAUUUACAUCAAAAAUUAUGUGGACCAGAUUUAAAAAGAAAACUAAAUGAUAAUUCACGUUUAUAUUCUCAUUCUAUACCAAAAACAAUUUCUUUAAAUCAACAGAAAGAUGACUCAAUAAUAAGGACAUCUGAAAAUGUAUCAUUACCACCGACAAUAAAUAAUGAUAAUGAAAAAUCAGAAAAUGAAAAUGAUCAGGUCGCUAUACCUCAAUUUGGACUUCUUUUUGACAUUGAUGGUGUAUUAAUACGUGGAAGAAAAUUAUUACCAUUUACACGUGAUGCAUUUCGUAGUUUAGUAAAAAUAAAUGGAGACUUUCGUAUCCCAACUGUUUUUGUUACUAAUGCUGGAAAUGAAUUACGCUCAUCAAAGGCUGCCAAACUUACUCAAAUUCUCGGAAUUCCUAUUUCGCCUGAACAAGUCAUUUUAGCACAUAGCCCAUUGAAACUAUUUACUGAAUUUCAUAAAAAACAUUGUUUAAUUACUGGACAAGGACCUAUAGCUGAGAUAGCAAGAAAUUUAGGUUUUACAAAAGUAACGACAAUGGAACAAUUAUGUGAUGCUUUUCCAAAUUUGGAUAUGGUUGAUCACAAAAAACGCCGAGGAUUUCAUUCACCCUUUCGAGAUUACUUUUUACCAAUUGAAGCUGUCGUUCUUUUUGGUGAACCAGUCAGAUGGGAAACAUGUUUACAAUUAAUAGUUGAUGUUUUAAUGACUAAUGGAAACCCUUCAUCACCAAUUACUCGACCACCGGUUUCACAUUUACCUAUUCUAGCUUCAAAUGCUGAUCUUUUAUGGAUGGCUGAAGCAGCAUUACCAAGAUUCGGGCAUGGAUCAUUUUUGCAUUGUCUGGAAAAUUUAUAUGAAAAAGUUUCCGGUCAUCCAUUACAAUAUACUGCUAUUGUUGGUAAGCCAAGUGAAGUAACGUUUUAUCAUGCGGAAUAUCUUAUAUCUCGUCAUGCACGUGAACUUGGUCUUAAACAGCCAAUAAAACGUCUGUAUGCAGUUGGUGAUAAUCCAGAUACUGAUAUCUAUGGUGCUAAUGUUUAUAAUCGUUAUUUACAAACUCGAUCAUUAUCACGAUUAAAUCAAAUAGUUUCACAGACGACAACUACUACUUUAACAGGCAAUGCAAAAAAUGUUACUGAUAAAAAUUUGUGGAUGAAUUCGAAUACUGUUGAACUUGUUGUUAAUGAAGCUGAACAUUAUUAUGCAGCUGAAAGUUUAGAAUCAAUACUUGUUUGUACAGGUGUUUAUAAUCGUGACACAUAUGAUGAAACAUCGAAUCCAAAUCAUGGACAUCGUGAUACGAUUAUCGAUGCUGAACUUAAAAAACCAAAACAUAUAUGUGAACAUGUUCUGGAUGCUGUAAAACUGAUAUUUAGUAUAGAACAAUUUCAUUAG